AAUAAAAAUGGCGCCUCCGUCGGCGCCAAGAACGAACAAAGGUUAAAUUCAAGUUCCCGCCAUUAGAGCCACAGCCUCUGGCGCCAAGUAAGGUCUCAAAUCCCUCUUCACAUUCAACCCAAAAGCCCAUCUUCGACAAUUUUUCAUCCUCGAUUGUCCUCUCCAUAGACUGAUUCAAGCUACUCCAAUGCAGACCUCAAGAUCGCCAUCGUUCUUCCAAGAUCUUAGUUCCAGAGAGCUCAAUGGAUUCAGAGUUCGGAAGCGGCCCCGAUUUUCCGCUGAUAUUGCCCUUAGCUUCAAGGAAGUCGGAGCUAUGUCCGUUGAACACGACGGUGACCAGACGCCUCCAUUGGCUGUUUCGUUCUGCAAGACGUUGAAUAAUUCCCACAUUUUUGCACUUUCGGAUGAGGAUGGGUACGUUAGCCUGUUCAAUACUCGCAGCAGAUUUUCAUUGUUUUCAUCUCAUGAGGAAAAUACAGAGAAGUCUAGGGUUAGUGAAUGGGAGGCACAUCGCAAUGCUGUGUUCGAUGUUUGUUGGAUUAAGGAUGAUACCCAAAUGAUUACAGCCUCUGGGGAUCAAUCUAUGAAGUUGUGGGAUGUUCAGGAAAUGGAAUGCAUAGGAAUCUUGAGAGGACACAAAGGAAGUGUGAAAUCUAUAUCUUCUCACCCAACUAAUCAUGAUCUCAUUGUAUCUGGUUCAAGAGAUGGUUCAUUUGCUCUCUGGGAUUUGAGAACCCCUUCUUGUUCCAAGGUUGGCAGUGAGGAGCUGUGCCUGCGAGCAACUGCAGUAGUUAAAGGAGCCCAUCUUUCCCCUUAUGCAAAGCGUAUCAGGCGUCAAAAGUCUGCUUCGAAGAGCAUAACUUCUGUUCUUUAUCUAAAAGACGAACUCUCCGUAGCCACAGCUGGUGCAGUGGAUAGCAUAGUGAAGUUCUGGGAUACAAGAAAUUUGAAAAAUGCAAUCACCAUUUGCCAACCCAAAUCGAGUGAGAAGGACACGAGGUUACAUGGUAUAUCUAGCUUAUCCCAAGACGCGAAUGGGGCAUUUCUUUCAGCAUCCUGCAUGGAUAAUAGAAUAUAUUUGUACAAUGUACUUCAGCUGGAGAAGGGUCCUGUAAAAUCUUUUUCUGGAUGCCAAAUAGAUUCUUUCUUUGUAAAGUCUGCAAUCAGUCCUGAUGCUUCUUACCUUCUUAGUGGUUCUACUGAUGGAAAUGCCCAUGUUUGGCAGGUCGAUAAGCCUCAUGAAGAUCCCAUCACAUUGACAAAACAUAAUGGAGAAGUUUCGGCAGUGGAUUGGUCUUCGUUUGAAGUUGGGAAGUUCGUGACAUCUUCAGAUGAUUUCACGGUUCGGGUAUGGAAUUCUCAAAACAACAGUUGCAGCUCAAGCAAAAGGCCAACUUCAUGCAACCGAAAGAGAAUUAUGGCAAUGCCGAGUAUAGAACAUGCCAAAGACUCUGAUAGUUCAGAUUCUCCAUUCUUUGAUAGAGCUCGUGCUGCUGCUCCCUCUAACUCAAAAUCUUCUAUGGACAUGGAGCAUAAAUUAAGCACUCCUGAAUCAAAGGUAAAAAGAUCUAUAUCAGAUGCAACUGCUGAUUUAAUUGAAAGCUUUGAGAAAACUCCUGAAGCAAAUUCUAAAAGCCCAUCUUCUGUUCUCAACCCUCCUUCCUCCUUAAAAAGAAAAACGAUCAGAGAUUACUUUCUAGUUGCUCCAUAAAGCAAAGCCUCACUGAGUACAUAUUUCUCCAAUUCAUUUUUAGAGUUCACUCACUGUUUAACCCUUCAAUUUUGGUGGUGGGUCCAAAUCUUUUCAGAACAAGAAACAAUCCCCAUUUUGGACUAGGAAGGUAGUUAUGUUAAAAUUUAUAGCUUAGUUUUGGAUGUUAUGAGAUGAUGUUGGCUUCUAUAUGAAAUGUACAGUGAGGGCAGGGGAUGUAGUUUUGUAUAGAGAUUCAUUUUUGGUUAAAAGUUUUAAUUUAACCUCCCCAUCCCUCUUUUUCUUU